AUGCGUUUUGAUAUGCCUGGUGUUUCUAAGGAGGAUGUGAAGGUAUCAGUUGAAGAUGAUGUUCUUGUCAUAAGAAGUGACCAUAAAGAGGAAAGUGGUGGAGAAGAUUCAUGGUCGAGAAAGAGUUAUAGUUCUUAUGAUACAAAGCUCAAGCUUCCUGAUAACUGCGAGAAAGAUAAGGUUAAGGCUGAGUUGAAAGAUGGUGUGCUUUAUAUUACUAUUCCUAAGACUAAAGUUGAACGCAAGGUUAUUGAUGUUCAAGUUCAGCGAUGAUAGGCUUAAACUUGAAAAGUUGUGUGUUUAUUAUACUAUCCUCCUCUAUGAGAGCUGAUGUGUAUUUCCUUCUUGUUUUAUCUAUAAAAAUAUUUUGUCGAAA